AUGCCAGUGAAAGUCACUAUGCAACUGGCAUGGCUCUGUGUUAUCACCUUGUCCUUGGCCAUCUACCCAGCGUGGCUGCAGAAGCCUCCCAAGAGGAGAACGACCAACGGGAACACCCAGCUCAAACUGAUGGGCUGCUGCGAUGAGAUGAAAGAGCUCAAGUUGCAGAUAGCCAACCUGAGCACCAUGCUGGGGUCACUGAGCAAGAAGCAGGAAGACGACUGGGUGAAUGUGGUUAUGCAGGUGAUGGAGCUGGAAGGGAGCACCAAGCAGAUGGAGUCCCGGCUCAUCGAUGCCGAGAGCAAGUACUCCGAAAUUAACAGCCAGAUAGACAUCAUGCAGCUGCAGGCAGCCCAGACGGUCACACAAACCUCAGCUGAUGCUGUCUAUGACUGCUCAUCCCUUUACCAGAAGAAUUACAGAAUCUCCGGUGUUUACAAGCUGCCUCCAGAUGAAUUCUUGGGGAGCCCUGACCUAGAGGUGUAUUGUGACAUGGAGACAGACGGUGGUGGCUGGACCAUCAUCCAGAGGCGCAAAGUUGGCCUGAUCUCUUUCAACAGAGACUGGAAACAAUACAAGGAAGGAUUUGGCAAUAUCCGGGGAGAUUUCUGGCUAGGGAAUGAAAAUAUCUAUCGGCUCUCCAGACGCCCGACCCUGCUGCGAGUAGAGCUGGAGGACUGGGAAGGCAACAUCCGCUACGCACAAUAUAACCAGUUCACCCUGAGCAACGAGUUGAAUAGCUACCGCCUUUUCCUGGGGAACUACACCGGCAACACAGGGCGUGACUCCCUAAGGUACCACAACAACACAGCCUUCAGCACCAAGGACAAGGACAACGACAAGUGCGUGGAUGACUGUGUCGAGUUCCGUAAAGGUGGAUACUGGUACAACUGCUGCACAGAUUCCAACCUGAAUGGGGUUUACUACCGCAAAGGGGAACACACCAAAAACAUGGAUGGAAUCACCUGGUAUGGCUGGCACGGCUCAACCUACUCUCUGAAAAGAGUCGAGAUGAAGAUCCGCCCAGAGGAUUUCAAACCCUAG